GCGCCGUCCGACCUGCGGGCCAAUGGCGGCGGCGCGCGCGCACGCUGGGGGCGGGCCAGGCGUGCCCGACUUUUCCAGAAGACCCCGGAUAGCGCCUCCCGGCCACGCUGAGCCGGCUUUGGGCGUUUCUGAUUUCGGUUCUCCUCCUCUUCCUCUGCUGGGUCAGCCAUGGCGGCCGUGAAGACCCUGAACCCCAAGGCCGAGGUUGCCCGAGCCCAGGCGGCGUUGGCGGUGAACAUCAGCGCGGCCCGGGGACUGCAGGACGUGCUGAGAACCAACUUGGGGCCUAAGGGCACCAUGAAGAUGCUUGUUUCUGGUGCUGGAGACAUCAAGCUUACUAAAGAUGGCAACGUGCUGCUUCAUGAAAUGCAAAUUCAACAUCCAACAGCCUCCUUAAUAGCUAAAGUAGCAACAGCCCAGGAUGACAUAACUGGUGAUGGUACCACUUCCAAUGUCCUAAUCAUUGGAGAGCUGCUGAAGCAGGCGGAUCUCUACAUUUCUGAAGGUCUUCAUCCCAGAAUAAUAACAGAAGGAUUUGAAGCUGCAAAGGAAAAGGCACUUCAGUUUUUGGAACAAGUCAAAGUAACCAAAGAGAUGGACAGGGAAACACUUAUAGAUGUUGCCAGAACAUCUCUACGUACCAAAGUUCACGCUGAACUUGCUGAUGUCUUAACAGAGGCUGUAGUGGACUCCAUUUUGGCCAUUAAAAAACAAGAUGAACCUCUUGACCUCUUCAUGGUUGAGAUCAUGGAGAUGAAACAUAAAUCUGAAACUGAUACAAGCUUAAUCAGAGGUCUUGUUUUGGACCACGGGGCACGGCAUCCUGAUAUGAGAAAAAGAGUAGAAGAUGCAUACAUCCUCACAUGCAAUGUGUCAUUAGAAUAUGAAAAAACAGAAGUGAAUUCUGGCUUUUUUUACAAGAGUGCAGAAGAAAGAGAGAAACUAGUAAAAGCUGAAAGAAAAUUCAUUGAAGAUAGAGUUAAAAAAAUAAUAGAACUGAAAAGGAAAGUCUGUGGUGAUUCAGAUAAAGGAUUUGUUGUUAUUAAUCAAAAGGGAAUUGACCCCUUUUCCUUAGAUGCUCUUGCAAAAGAAGGCAUAGUAGCUCUGCGCAGAGCUAAAAGAAGAAAUAUGGAAAGGCUGACACUUGCUUGUGGUGGGGUAGCUCUAAAUUCUUUUGAUGACCUAAAUCCUGAUUGUCUGGGACAUGCAGGACUUGUCUAUGAGUAUACAUUGGGAGAAGAGAAGUUCACCUUUAUUGAGAAGUGUAACAAUCCUCGCUCUGUCACAUUAUUGGUCAAAGGACCAAAUAAGCACACACUCACACAAAUCAAAGAUGCAAUAAGAGAUGGCUUGAGGGCUGUUAAAAAUGCUAUUGAUGAUGGCUGUGUAGUUCCAGGUGCUGGUGCAGUGGAAGUGGCAAUGGCAGAAGCCCUGAUUAAAUAUAAGCCCAGUGUAAAGGGCAGGGCCCAACUUGGAGUUCAAGCAUUUGCCGAUGCGUUGCUCAUUAUUCCCAAGGUUCUUGCUCAGAACUCUGGUUUUGACCUUCAGGAAACACUAGUUAAAGUUCAAGCAGAACAUUCAGAAUCAGGUCAACUUGUGGGUGUGGACUUGAACACAGGUGAGCCAAUGGUAGCAGCAGAAGCAGGCAUAUGGGAUAACUAUUGUGUAAAGAAACAGCUACUUCACUCCUGCACUGUGAUCGCCACCAACAUUCUCCUGGUUGAUGAGAUCAUGCGAGCUGGAAUGUCAUCUCUAAAAGGUUGAGUUGAAGCUUCCUUUAUAUCAUCUGAAUCAUGAAGACGCUACAGUGAACCUAAGACUAUAGCUAUGGAAUUUUUAUCCAAGCUUCAAAUGAUUUUCAAAGAAAUUUUUUUUUCCCUUAUGGAAAAAGGAGAGAACAUUGGCACCUAUUCAAAUUCUGAAGUUCUGAAAUGAUAAUUACAGGUUUUUUUAAAUUGCACUGCAGUGUAAACAUAAAGCAGGCCGUUUUUACCCAAUCAACAGGAUAUUUUGCUUUAGCUUUAGUGAUAAAAAUACGUGUUAGAUAAGCAUAUGUUAAUCCACCUUGUUAUUAAAUAUUCCUUGAAAAGCAAAUUUUAAUGGUUUAAUAAUUUCUUCUAAUGGAUGUAAUUUAAUUUAUCCAAUAGUUUCCUAUUGUUAAGCAUUUAAGUUUAAAAUUUUUAUGCUAAUAUAAAUAACACUUAAGUAACUUAAGGUUUUGAAAGCAUCCCUUUUUCCUUAGUAUAAAUUCCUCUCAGUAAAUAUUGGAUCAGUUGGAUUUUUCAUGCUUUUGAAGUAGCUUUGCUAAAAUGCUACCCAGAAAAGUUGUAGUGGGUAGAAAGAUGGGUGAACUAAAGGCAAGGGUGUUGAAAACGCUGGAAGUAUGAAGUGGCAGAAAUAGAAAUAGAGGAGGCAGAGGUAAAAAGAUGGCUGAAGGCAUGAAGACUAAGGGCUAAGUGAGAUAUAGUUUUCAGGCGGACCAUAUUUUCACACUUCUGAACCUUUGCUUAUACUGAAACAUCCAUCUCAAAACCCUCCAUUUUGUUUUUCUCACCCAAAUGCUAUUCUCUCCUACACGUUUCCACAAAAUUGUUUUUAUACAGUUGGUAUAUAUCUCUGCAGUCCUUUAAGGUGAAGUUUUGUGUUGCUAAGCUUUGUAUUUUAAGAACUUGGCAGUUGUGAGUGUGCAAUAAAUGUUAAGUUGAAACC